CAUAAGCACAGACAAAAGCAUGAUAAUAUGCUUUGUGUUUUUCAGUUAGUCUUUUGUGUUGCACUUCUGAUAUGCAAGACAGGUCCUGUACAUGUUGAAAACAUUCAGAUAAACGCAGGGAUUGUGUAUUUUAAACGAGGGCCAAAAUAACAAUAAGUUACACUGAACAUUUCUGGACUGAUACAGUAUGUUUUUCUCAUUUAGUACCACAGCACACCGGAGGAUGGAGCCCGCCUGAGCGACUAGGAACCCACUGCUGCUGCUGCUGAGCGUAAAAAGGGGCGUUUCGGAGCCUGGCUACAUCUCUCCUGGCGGUGCCAGGUGUGUUCAAACCUGUAGCAGACAAACGUUUGCAGAUGUGUCUCGUCGACUCAGUCAUCAUGGGUUGGAUUUCACCGCAUAAACCGCCUACCUGUGAACGCUGCCGCCGUCUAUGUUCAGCCUGCCCACAGGUAUGAGGGAUUUUUCGUUGACGCACUACAUUACAGCGACAGACACUCCACAGUCUACCGCCGAAUGAGUAAAAUAGUCUCUGUUUACGUUUUUGUCUUGACAACUUGGUAAUCGGGAGGCUCCUCCAGAGACGAAGAGCAGCGCGGAUAUGUUUCCACAGUAGCGAUGAAGAGCAUAAAACCUUGAUUGUUUCCCUUUUAACCAUCUCGCCGCUAUCAACUCUUCUGUUUUACGCACAAGGAGCGCUUGGAAUUACUGCAACCGAGGCAACUGCGCGCACACCGGAGCAUAUAUACCCGUGGGAUGACAGACCUGUUUAACCUCAGACCUCAACGGCAGAUUCACGGGUGAUAUUCAGCCUCGUAAAUGUCAGGAAGAUGAAAUCACCAGCAGGUCGGGAGGAUAACUCAGGAGGGUUUAUUAGGCCGCGUCAUUUCGCGCUCAUUUAACAACAGAAAGCCGAGGCGACUGUUUCCAGUUAGAUCGUUAGUUAUUCGAUAAAGGGAGUAACCAUGUCCAGAACACUGAAGAAGAAGAAACACUGGUCCAGUAAAGUGGUGGAGUGCGCGGUGUCAUGGGGCAACCUGGGAGACUUUGGUUCCGUGGUGGAGGUCCUUGGAGGAGCAGAGCUGGGACAGUUCCCCCACCUGGGCCAGAUGAAGCUGGACGUGCUGGUGUGUCACGUCGGGAAGCUGCCCUACUACGGGGACGUUUUGCUGGAGGUGAACGGGACGCCCGUCAGUGGACUUACAAACCGUGACACUCUGGCUGUCAUACGCCACUUUCGGGAGCCGAUUCGUUUGAAGACGGUCAAACCAGGUAAAGUAUUGAACACGGACCUGCGCCACUACCUCAGUCUGCAGUUUCAGAAGGGCUCGCUGGACCACAAGCUCCAACAGAUCAUACGGGACAACCUCUACCUACGCACCAUUCCCUGCACCACACGGCUUCCUCGAGAGGGGGAGGUGCCAGGCGUGGACUACAACUUCAUCAGUGUCGGAGACUUUCGGAUCCUUGAGGAAAGUGGACUUCUUCUGGAGAGUGGGACCUAUGAUGGUAACUACUAUGGGACCCCGAAGCCUCCGGCGGAACCUAACCUGGUUCAGCCUGACCUGGUGGAUCAGGUGCUGUUUGAUGAAGACUAUGGUGGCGAGGUCCCCAGGAAACGCACCACCUCAGUCAGUAAGAUGGACAGGAAGGACAGCGCUGUCCCCGAGGAGGAGGACGAUGAUGAGAGGCCACCGCUGGUCAAUGGAUUGCCUGAGCACAAAGAGGGGGCAGACUGGAGGAAAGCGGUUCCCAGCUACACUCAGUCCAGCAGCACCAUGGACUUCCGCACAUGGAGCUCACUUCCCCGCGAUGACAGCCUGGAGCCCCUGCCCCUUAACUGGGAGAUGGCUUACACUGAGACCGGCAUGGUUUACUUCAUAGAUCACAAUACCAAGACGACCACGUGGUUGGACCCCCGCUUGGCGAAGAAGGCGAAGCCCCCUGAGAAGUGUGAGGAUGGAGAGUUACCUUACGGUUGGGAGGAAAUUGACGAUCCACAGUACGGCACAUACUACGUUGACCACAUCAACCAAAAAACCCAGUUUGAGAACCCGGUCCUAGAGGCAAAGAAGAAGCUGAGCCAGGAGACAGCUGUGAUCCAACAAGCCACAGCAGCACCCGUUCAAGGUAAAGGAGGUAUGUCUGGCUUCACUGCAGACCCCAGCCAGCUGAAGGGUGAGAUGUACCACACAGCACUGAAGAAGAGCUCCCAGGGAUUUGGAUUCACCAUCAUUGGAGGUGACCGCACAGAUGAGUUUCUGCAAGUGAAAAACGUGCUCAGUGACGGGCCUGCUGCCCACGACAACAAGAUGGCAUCUGGUGAUGUGAUCGUUGAGAUCAAUGGGAUGUGUGUGCUGGGGAAGACCCAUCCAGAGGUGGUGCAGAUGUUCCAGUCCAUCCCCAUUAACCAGUAUGUGGAUAUGGUUCUUUGUCGUGGCUACCCGCUUCCCCCAGACGUGGAUCUAGACAGCGAUGACCCUCUCCCGCCUCCUCCUCCCCCACCGGCUGCCCAGCCCCAGCAGGCUUUGCACGGUGGAGAGGUGGUGACAGCUGUGCCCCUCAUCAAUGGACAGCCACUGCUUGUGAAAGGUGACGUCCUCCACGGCUCCUCCCAGGAGCUCCACUAUGUCACUACGGAUGCCAGUGGCCGGCCGGUCGUUGCAGCCAUGCCCAAUGGGAGGCAGGGGGAGCGGGGAGAGGUGGUUUCAGGGAUGCUGCAGCCAGAGCUUGUGAGCGUGCCGCUGGUUAAAGGACCUGGAGGAUUUGGGUUUGCCAUCGCCGACUGCCCAUUGGGCCAGAAGGUGAAGAUGAUCCUGGAUGCCCAGUGGUGCCGUGGCCUUCAGAAAGGAGAUGUCAUUAAAGAGAUCAACAGGCAAAAUGUCCAAACGCUGAGCCACGCCCAAGUGGUGGACAUUCUUAAGGACCUACCAGUGGGCAGUGAGGUCAACGUGCUGGUGCUACGAGGAGGUCAAACAUCCCCUGUCAAGAGUCUAAAGCCUAGACAGGAAAUGACAGCCAGUACAGAGACUUUGGACGGUAUCGCUGACUCAGCCCCCCAGGCCCUUGCUUACCACUCCAACACGAGCACACUGCGCUCUGCCGACUCCCCCAAACGAGAUGCCACAGAGAUGUACCUGAAGUCUAAAGCCCUACUGGAGAGCAGACUGAUGGAGUAUUACUCAUCCACAGAGCCUCACACCAAAGACAUAGAUGUUUUUCUAAAGAGAGACAUUGAGACGGGCUUUGGCUUCCGUGUUCUGGGAGGAGAAGGUCCACAACAGCCAAAUGUCUUUCCCCAGGUGUACAUUGGGGCCAUUGUGCCCAACGGAGCUGCAGAGAAAGAUGGUCGUCUGAGAGCAGGAGAUGAGCUCAUUGGCAUCGAUGGUGUGAUGGUCAAGGGUCGUUCCCACAAGCAGGUGCUGGAUUUGAUGACCAAUGCUGCCCGUAAUGGUCAAGUUAUGCUGACUGUGCGCAGGAAGGUCAUCUACAGAGACGUGACCGAGGAAGAGAUACAGGAAAUGGCUCCAGUGUUAGUGAACGGUUCUCCCAAACUACCUCGCCUACCGAUGCCCAGCGCUCUGGACCACGAGUCUUUUGAUAUCACUCUCCACCGCAAGGACACUGAGGGCUUUGGCUUCGUCAUCCUCACCUCCAAGAGCAAACCCCCGCACGGAGUCAUCCCGCACAAAAUUGGCCGAAUCAUUGAGGGCAGUCCCACCGACCGCUGUGGCCUGCUGCAUGUUGGAGAUCGUAUCUCAGCGGUCAACGGACGCUCCAUCAUAGAGCUCUCUCACAAUGACAUUGUACAGCUCAUCAAGGAGGCCGGCAAUGUUGUCACCCUCACUGUGGUUCCUGAGGAUGAAUACAAGGGCCCUCCAUCUGGAGCCAGUUCAGCUAAACAGAGUCCAGCUCUUCAACACAGAGCGAUGGGGCAACGAUCUGCACUACAGGAUGAGCGUUAUAACCUCGACUUGGAGGAGAAAACAGAUGGAGUCAACUGGUCUGACCACAAGACUCUUCCACUAAGUGAGCAGGGAACGCUGUGUGUGACAGGACCGAACCAGGGUUGUCUGACAGUGGAGUUAGAGAGGGGUCCCAGGGGCUUUGGCUUUAGUCUGCGAGGUGGAACCGAGUACAACAUGGGUCUGUACAUCCUGAGACUGGCUGAAGACGGACCUGCUCAGCUGGACGGAAGGAUCCAUGUUGGAGAUGAGAUAGUGGAGAUUAAUGGGGAGCCGGCUCGCGGCAUCUCCCAUACACGCGCUAUUGAACUGAUCCAGGCUGGAGGAAACAAAGUGGUACUGCUGCUGAGACCUGGGGCGGGCCUGGCUCAAGAUGGCAGUCAACAUGAUCAAAAACUCAUUUCACCCACGAGCUAUUCCAGAGGUGUGUUUUCCUCUAACGCAUCACCCUCGUCCUCUCCAUAUCCCACCGGGGCUUCCAUCUAUGUUUCCUCUCCCUCCUCCAGCAAACUGAAACAUUCCCGCAGCUGGAGCACCCUAUCCCCACAAGACCUCAAGCCCUGCAGCAGCAGGGUUUUAAGCUCAGUGGAGGAGAGUGGUGAGUGGGCAGACAAGGAAGUGGAAAGGCUCUCUCCAGCAACCCUUGAGCAUAUCACCUUCUACAAGAGGACCAGGCCCGCAAAAGACUCCAGAGAGCUAAGCAGCCCAAAGAAAACAGGGGAGACAUUUCCUAAAGCCAAAGAGCAACAUCAGAGUCCCAAAAAGACUGACAGCCUGGCACAGGAAGCAACACUGAGCAAGAAUAGGAUGUCUCAGAUGCAGACAAAAACACGAUCCGCAAGCACUAGGAACUCUCCUCAAGCUGGACAGCAAGUGUCUUUGGCCCUGCAGCGUGUCGAGCAUCAGCAAGGCCCUCAGAGGAGAUUAAAGGACUCUUCCAGCAGAGAGAGCUUGAAUCAUGAAAUGAAAAACUGCAAAGGGGCGAAUCUUGAGAUCAGAAGAGGCUCACAAGGAAGGGAGAUGGGAGGGAGGGGGGGGAGGACCGGGCCUGGCCAAGAGAAAGAAAGUUUCAAAAAGAGAGUGGUGGGAGAGUCUCACCACCACAGGACAUCUCAUAUAGUCAGAGAGAGCGAGACAGGCACUGGUAAAGACUCAGGGCAGAGAGAUGCUAAUGGCAAGAGCAAACCUAGAGAAGAUAGGAAUAUAAGUAAAGAGACUAUCAACAAAAGAGAAUCAUUGUCAUCUUUUAAAGACAUGUUAAGAAGAAAAGGCUCUGUAGUUUCUCCAAGAGAGGCAAAAGGAAGCGAAGACACAUUUUUCUACUCCAAAGAAGACAUUCGUAAGGAAGACUUUGUGGCCUCUAUAAACAGUAUUCCAGGGACCCCGCAGAGCCCAAAGGGACCUAUUAGCCCUGGCCCUUGGAAAAUGCCCAGCUCAGCCAGAAUCCUCUCCCAGGCAGAGGUCCUUCGUGACCCUUUGUGAUAGAAUAUUGGAUUGCCCAGACUUGAGCUGUGCCAUGGAAUAUUUAACAGUACCCUCAGUGGAUUGUUUUUCUGAGUUCUUCCAUAAAACAGAGAAGUGCAACAUGGUGCCACUUUUAUUACCUUUGGACCAUGUCCAGAUUCGUCUUUUUUGGGAGUCCUGUGAAAUUACAUGUGGCAUGUAGCAGCUCCCCUCUGUCUUGUCCGCUGCUUCAGCAUCUUUGAUGUGGGAUUUAAGCAUGUGCGGCAUGCUCGGGGCCUCGCCAGACAAGACAUUUUGAAAUGUGAAUAUGUGCCAAUCCUGGGAGCCUUCUGUGGAACAACAACUACCAACAGCGCUUCACCCAUUACAAUGCAAUGACCCAUAUGCAAAGAAAGGAGAAAGGCCUCGCCUCUCGCCUGUAGUAUACACCAAGUGUGACUGUCAUCUAUGGUUUAAUUUUGCUCUCGGCCUCAUUGUGGGAUAUUUUGACUGUCUUUUUCUUAAAAGUUUGCUCAACUGCAUGCAGUCGGUCCUUCUGUUUGUUUUACUGCACGUGUUCUGCACAACACUGAGGAUGAUCCUGUUUCUUGUUUAUAAUUCUCAUUCUGGACACCAGGUGGAUUUCAAAUACAAUCCAGCAAGCGUUCACUUUACCGGGGAAUCUAACUGUUCUAUGGUUAUAGACAUGACUCUACUCCAUACAAACAGUACCAUUAAAAAGACCAGAAACUUGUGGUUUGAGAUCUUGUUUACCAUGUGUAUGAUAACCAACCAGUGUGUAAUUUAUUGAGAUAAUAGAUGAGUAUAAGUAUAUGUAGCUGUACCAAGCCAUUCCACAUUUUGAUAUAGACUUCAACGGUUUGUCCCAUGUUAUUUGAGCUUUCACCAUCCUUCCGAUGUACUUCAGUGGUAGGAAUUACCAUGGAUCUUUGUAGUUCAUGAAAUGUAUAGGUAACAUGCAAACCGCUGUACCAAAUGUUUGCAAUCGCUCAAAACGUGUCUCAUUGUGAAAUAUAAUAUAUAUAUAUAUAUUUGAAUGUGUCAUGUUUUGUAGAUUCUAACUUUAAAAUAUCUAUUGAAUUCCAUUGCACUGCAUCUGCCCUUGUAGCAUAACAGAAUGACCAUGAGUUGUAUUUAAUUUGUGAUGUUGACUUGCUACCAAUGCAUUGCCGUUAUUAUUUUAUAAAGCUGUAAUUUUUUCUAAAAGGUUCACUGUUUAAUGCCAAAAUGGCAAUUUAUAUAAUACUGUGCACAUUCUGAGUCAUGUCCCUGGUGAUUUUACCUUUGACUAUUGAGAAAAGAAAAAUGAGGGUUUUAAAUCUAUGUAUUUGUCAGUCCUGCUGUGUGAUUAUGUGCCAGGGUAGCUUGAAGGAUAAUGGAGCAUAGAAAGUGAUGUAGUGGUUUACUGAGAUAUUGAACAUGCUGCAGAUGUAAGGCAGGUAUACAGAGAUCCCACCUUCUUACAUAUUUCAAGGGUAGUUGAAAUGAUGGCUUUUAGAUUAACAAUUGGUUCCAAUAAUGGGGUCUGUAAAAAUGAGUCAACAGUGAAAUUUCAGUGUUAGUUUACAACAUUUUUGAAGCUUCUGCUGUAAAAUCUGAGAAAAAAAAACGUACUCAGCAUACCUGCUUAUACAACUGACUACAUUAUGAGAUUAAGACAUAUUCAGAUAAGCUCAGGGAACACAGUAUCGUAGCAAAUGUGUGAUAAAGUCAAUAUCAGUGACAGUGAAAUGAUGGUUAAGGUCUGUAAUUGACUGUGAUGAGAGUGUGUGACUGUAUAAUGGAGCUUUCAGGUUAAAAUCACUAGAGGAUGCGCUAUGAGCCAAUCAGUGGUAGGUUUUUGUGCAAUAGUUUGGUUGGUUGAAUGAGUAAAUCCAACCCUGAGCGUCAGGUAGCCUACAGGCAGUUUACUCUGGUCCAGAAUCAGAUAAUGCCCUUUUUAUUGUAUGUCCCCUGCACUGUUGUACUCCUUUAUGCUUUUAUUUUGACCAUUUUGUAUCUCAUCUCUGUAUCAUACUGUGGCCUUGCAUCGCUUCAUUAGAAAAAAACAAUCCUUGUGGUAUCUUCUACAUUCUGUAGGAACAGUAGAUGUAAAUGUUUGUACAUUGUACAGCACCUUUAUAAAUACUUACUGAGUGCUCUUUCGGGGAGAAAAUAGAGGUAUAUUAAAUUGCUCCAUUAUUUUUUUAUGUAAAAAAAAAGAGAAAAUAUUUAAAAAUGGAUCGAAAAGGAUAGGCUGUAACCUUGACAUGGUGUUCCGUUCAUGCACUGAAAAAUAAAGUUUUACUGAAAACAC